AUUUAUUUAUUUAUUUUAUUUUCCUCCGCUCCUCUUCCUUCCCCGUAGAGAAACCGAAACCCUCGAUGGCGAACAAGCUCCGCCGCCUCCUCUCCCCCUCCCUCGCCAUGGCCGAUCGAAGCUUCACCUCGCCCUCAUCACCCAUUCGCACCUCCCUCUCCCCUUCGACCGCCCGGUGGAGGCGAUCUCUCUCCUCUUCCGAUCAUCGCCAACCCCUGGAGUCCUCCAGAGCCGCCUCUUCCCCCCCGGCGAAGGAGGAGGAGGAGGAAUAUGAAUAUGAAGAGGGUAACAACACCGCGGAGAAGAAGAGCGAGGGCGAAGAGGGGGAGGAGGACGACGGCGUGAAUAAGCUCACCGGCGAGGUUGGGGGCCCAAAGGGCCCGGAGCCGACGCGGUACGGGGAUUGGGAGCGCGGUGGGCGGUGCUCGGAUUUCUAAUUGCGUAACUAAGAUCGAAGCGGAAGAGAAAAACGAGGUAGUAAUUUUUGUUCUAAGCAUCUUGUUCUUAUGAUUUUUCUAGGUUAAUCCUUUUCGAUGUGUUUUAAUGGAAAUUGGAACAGUAUGUUUGCAUUCAAUUAGUAAUAAUCAUGGAUUGUUGUGAUGUAAUUUAGUUAAUAUUGGAAGGGAAAAACAAAAAUUAGAUUUUGAGUAGAUUUUUAUAACAAUUUUAUUGAGUUUGUACUUUUGAAGGAUCUGAAGGGAGAAAGCCUUAUUGAAAUUGUUUUGGUAAUA